GCAUCGUCAUCCUUCGGUCGGGGAAGAUCUUUGCUCAGGGCCGCGUUGCCGAGCUUCGGCCACAGGAGUUGACGGAGCUCAAGGAGCUGCGCGACCGACCUGAGGAGGAAGAGAUGCCCUCCUCGCCGCAAAUGCGGAAUCCGCAGGACAUGGACGAAGAAGGCGAGGAUGGAGACGUGCUGCCCACCCUCUCGCCGCUGCCGCAGGAUGCCUCGCGCCUAACCCCAUCACCGAAGCCGGUGAAGCUGAGCGAAGCAGAGACGCAGACACCUCUGACGAAGGAGCAGGAAAUCCGUGGAUCCCUGAAGGUAGUGGAAGGCCGCGUCGCAGGGCACGUCCAAUGUGCCACCUACCUCAGCUACCUCAAGGGCGUCGGCUACGUCAACUUCACUGUCAUGUUCCUGGCACUGGCUGGCAUCAUGCUCUUCCAGAACUUCUGCAGCUUGUGGAUCGUGUACUGGACGUCUGAGAAGAAAGACACGACCUUCAUGCACAGCUGGUUGACGGAUCUUGGGAUCAAGCCGCCGACAGAAACCUCCGCGCUUCUCAAAGUCUAUGCUUGCCUG